AAAAGCUUCCCGGCGUGCUUUGCGCCUUUGACCCCGCUUCCGUAACCCAAGAUGGCGGCAUUCAGGAAGAAGGAGUAAAUGCUUUCAGUACUGUAUCCCUGCAGGCUGAAUCGAAGCCAUGUCGAAGAUCUCUCGUGCAGCCAAAACCGUACAAAAGGUGGACCCUGGAAAUGUCAUCCGGGCCAUCAUCCGAGCGGGACAGGCCGUUCCGGGACCGCCUUUGGGACCUGUCCUUGGCCAGAGAGGCAUCGCCAUCGGACAAUUCUGCAAAGAUUUCAAUGAAAGGACCAAGGACAUCAAGGAAGGGAUCCCGCUGCCCACACGCAUCACGGUGCGGCCUGACCGAUCGUACGACAUCCAAAUAAACAAGCCAACGUCGAGCUAUUUCCUGCUGGCAGCGGCUGGGAUAGAGAAAGGAGCCACGAAUCCAGGGCAUGAAGUGGCCGGGAUGGUGACCCUCAAGCACCUCUACGAAAUCGCCCUGGUGAAGUCUCAGGACCCGGCUUUCGUGCUGCGCGACAUGCCCCUCGAGAAGGUCAUCAAGUCACUCAUUGGGAGCGCAAGGUCCAUGGGCAUCAAAGUGGUGAAAGAUCUCGAUCCAGAGGAAUACGGAGCUUUCCUGAAGCAUCGCGAGGAAGUCUUGGCAGCCGAGGCCGAAGCAAGAGCGGCUGAGCUCGCGGCGGCCGGGAAGAAGAAAUGAGUCCCUCGGUUUAGCGUUCUGCAAUGUGGACCCCUGGAAAACAUGGACCGUUGGCGGUUUCAGCUUGGGGCUUGUCCCCACUUCCUGUGUGCAUCAGGAGAUACAGUCUCUCUGGUUUAGUUUGCUGCAGAAGAAGGAAGGAGUUGCACAAAAGGAGAAUGUCUGAAAUGUUAGCUCUCACGUGAGGUUAUGCCUCGUCCGAACCUUCUAAUUAAAAACAUUGGGUUGUAAUUA